AUGCCUACAGACCUCCCAUACGCUGCUGACGCUGAAGUCUCGUUAUCAUACGACGAGAUCGAGGUUCUACGGCUACAAUACGAGAAGGAACUUGCGCAGUCCCACAUCACCGUCCAGACUAAAUUCAACUAUGCUUGGGGACUGGUGAAGAGCCCAGUGCGCGAACACCAAGUAGAAGGUGUGCGACUUCUGCAAGAAAUAUACCGGACAGAACCGACGAGACGGCGGGAGUGCUUGUACUAUCUAGCACUUGGAUACUAUAAGAUGGACAACUUCACAGAUGCCAGAAGCUUCAACGACCUUCUACUUUCCAAAGAGCCCACCAAUCUCCAGGCGCAAAGUCUAGCAUCACUGAUAGACAAAGGUGUUGCACGAGAGGGGUACGUGGGUAUGGCACUUGCGGGCGGUGUUGCCGCAGUCGGCACCCUCCUCAUCGCGGGUCUCAUACGGCGAGCAACUCGCAAAUAA